AUGGUCACAUCAAUAUUCACGUUCUCGGACCAGCAAUUGAAUCUUCUAAAGGCAGCAGUAGCCAAGCUUUUCCCCAUCAAUGGAAUAAGGUGGGUUUCAAAGGGGGAUAUUCUGACGGCCAUUUUAUGGAGCUCUAUCGUAUCUACAGAACUGUCGGUUCAUACGUCUUCUAUUUCUAUAAACAAGCCACCCCAACACAGCAUGCAUGCUAUUCGAAUUCCGGUCAAUUGUCGCCGUAGCUAUGUACCACCUUUAGCAACUAACUUCAUGGGGGCUGCCUUUGGUGUAUCAUUGGCAACAGCGAAAGAGGAAGAUCUUGUCAAUAUCGCAUUGUGCAAUGACAAUGAGCUUUUCCUCUCGGCACUAGCAAGGGUCUCCGGGGCUAUACGAGAAGCGAUAUCGCAUGUGAACGCACAAAGCAUGAGGGAUGUUGUUCAAUUCUUAGUGGCACAGAAAGACAUCACAAGUCUCAAGUUUGGUCCAAAAGAUACAAACAUCUCCAUCGUGUCUUGGGCAGACGAAGAUGUGUACGGUUUGGAUUGGGGCCAUGAGAUCGGUUUUUGUGAUGCAGUGAGAUUGCCGAAGCUGCGAACUCGAAGAUAUCCCAUUGUACUUCCGCGGCUUCCAAAUGGCAAUCUGGAGGUGCUUGUUAGCUUUGAGAAACAGAUCAUGGAUUGCUUCAAGGUUAUAAAGGUUAUGAGGCCAGGAAGCAUGAAUUUUAUUCGAGUCUAG